AUGAAAUAUCAACUUUCUCCACCAUCAGAAGUGACUGUUGAAAUGAAAUAAGUAUUUUAUAUUUAGUUUUUAGAUUUUAAAUAUAAUAGACUUAUUUGAUUUAGAUUAGUUGUAAAGACUCUUGAAUCAUAAAAAUAUUUUUCAGAAGAACUAAUAUUUAUAAUAAUAUCUAUUAAACAAAAUAGACUAUGAAUUAGAAAACAUUGUAACAGAAAUCCAGAAGAAUCCUGUUUAUGAUUGCACCUAAUUAUUAAAAAGUAUCUAUGAUUUAAUGAUGAUAACAGAAAUAUAUUGGUAUAAGUUUAUUUUUAAUUUUUAUUUAGGAAUGGAUUUCUCUCAUAUGAUCAUGUAAUAAAUAUAAUUCAAUAUACUGAUAAACUUAUUGUUUAAGAUUAUUGUUUCUCUAUAUUAAUAAAUAUUCAUGAUUCUUAAUUUUAUGAAAAGAAUAGCAAAAGAAUAAAAUAGUUAAUAAUAAUCUUUUAAGAACAUGUUAAUUAUUUGUCAUCCUAAAAAAUAGAAUUAUUUGAUUUUUAUAUUUAAGAUCCAAUAAAAAUCUCUUUUGAUAUUGAAUACUUAGAACCAACAGAAUUAGAUAAGAGUUAUGAAGAUUUAUAAAAAGAUGAAUAAAAUCCCACAAUAAUAUCAAAUUAAUUCAAAUUAAGGGUAUUUAAUAUAAUAAUUUAUAUAUAGAAAAUUCUAAUAGAAGAUGAUAAUCAAAUAUCUGCUCUUGAUUCUUCAAGAAAACUCUUAAACAUAUAAAAUUAACAUUUUACACCUCUAUUAGAUAUUGUAAAAUAGAGAAUAAUCAUUAAAAGAGGUUUAUAAAAUAAUCCAUAGGAAACAAAGAAAAUUGUAAUCUUAUUGCAUUUUAAAUCAAUAAAACUAUCUAAAAUUCUAAAUAAGUUUUAUGAAGUUAAUAUGUAUCCAUUUGAAAACUAUUUAAAAUUGUUUCAUAAAAAAAUAAUUGAUCCUUCUAUAUUAAUUAUGUUAAUUGAUGAAUUAAAAGAAAAAAGUGAUCUUGAUUGUUUUAACAAUUCCGAAGAAAUAAUAAAAUAAUUACUUUAAGAUGUUUUGUCAAUGAAACAUAAAAAAUAAAUUCAAUAAUAUUAAGGAUAUCCUUUAGAGUAUAACAACCUAUAAAUUAUUGAUAACAUUUGUGUUAAAAAUGAAUCAAUAGUUUUUGGUAUCUUUGAAUUAAUUUAAUCAAAUGCAUGUAGUAAAUUUUUAAGGAAUGAUUCCUUCUUUGUUUUCGCAAUCUAAUAUUUAAAGCAAACUAUAAUUUUCUAAGAUAAUAAACUAAUGCUGCCUCCUAAAUAAUUGAUUAGAGCUAUUCAACUAAUAACUUCAUUAUUAAUAAAAAAUUAAACACAAAAACAGGAUUUUGA